UGACCUUUGACCCAAAAUACACGCAUGCGUACUAGAUUCUAUCGAAAUGGUGACGGGAGAAAACCAGCUAAAGGACUAGAAAUAUUCUAUAUUUCCGUGAAAUAGAGACGUUUCAGAUCAAAAUCCUCCUGACAGAAGCCGCCCCACCAUGGAGUCUCCAGCGAGUGUGAUGAGUGACUUCCCAGCCUACAGGAACCACAGUCACACACAGAAGGCUUUUGAAGUCAUGAACCAUCUCAGAAAACAGAACCAGUUAUGUGAUGUUAUCCUGGAGGCAGACGGUGUAGAGGUGCCGGCUCACCGCCUGGUCCUGGCCUCGUGCAGCUCGUACUUCCACGCCAUGUUCACGGGAGAGCUGUCGGAGGCCCACGCGGAGAGAGUCACCAUGCAGGAGGUGGACGGGAAAGCCCUGGUCCUGCUGGUGGACUAUGUCUACUCCUCAGUCAUCCAGGUUACAGAGGAAAAUGUUCAGGCGCUACUUCCCGCGGCUAACCUUCUCCAGUUGACGGACGUCCGAGACGCGUGCUGCGAUUUCCUCCAAUCACAGCUCCACCCCACCAACUGUCUGGGGAUCCGAGCCUUUGCCGACCUCCAUUCCUGCGCAGACCUACAUAACUACGCUCACACUUACAUAGAACAACACUUCGCUGAAGUUGUGCAAGGGGAGGAGUUUCUGAACCUGAGUAUCAAUGCAGUGUGCAAUCUGAUUGCCAGUGACCGGCUAACAGUACCAUCAGAGGAAAAGGUAUUUGAGGCGGUGGUAUCGUGGGUAUCACACAACAUAAACGAUCGUCAGGACUUCAUGCCGCGCCUCAUGGAACACGUCCGCCUCCCGCUCAUGUCCCGAGAGUUCCUCGUAUCCCGCGUGGAAGAGGAACCUCUCGUCAAGUGUAACAACGCGUGCAAAGACUACCUAAUCGAAGCCAUGAAGUACCAUCUGUUGGCCAGUGAACAGAGAUCUCUACUGAAAACACCCAGAACAAGACCAAGAACGCCAAUAGGACUUCCAAAGGUGAUGUUUGUGGUAGGAGGACAGGCACCCAAAGCUAUUCGGAGUGUGGAAUGUUUUGAUUUUAAAGAGGAGCGUUGGUACCAGGUAGCAGAGAUGACUACAAGAAGAUGUCGAGCAGGAGUGGUAGUUAUGAACGGACUAAUAUAUGCUGUCGGAGGCUUUAACGGAUCGUUACGAGUACGAACUGUCGAUGUGUACGACCCAAGCAAGGACAUCUGGUCAUCUGUACAGAGCAUGGAGGCAAGACGCAGCACCCUCGGCACUGCAGUACUGAAUGAGUACAUCUACGCUGUGGGAGGGUUUGACGGAUCAUCAGGGUUGAACACAGCAGAGUACUAUGACCAGAGGACCAAUGAGUGGAGGCCCAUUGCCUGUAUGAGUACCAGAAGAAGCAGUGUAGGGGUGGGGGUGGUCAAUGGUUUGCUGUAUGCAGUAGGAGGUUACGAUGGGUCAUCCAGACAGUGUCUAAGCUCGGUGGAAUGUUACAACCCAGCCCUGAACGAGUGGAAACCUGUAGCUGACAUGAGCACAAGAAGAAGUGGAGCAGGUGUAGGUGUGGUGGAUGGUCUCUUGUAUGCUGUUGGUGGACACGACGGACCUCUAGUUCGUAAAAGCGUGGAAGUCUACAACCCAGAGACUAACUGUUGGAGCCAGGUGGGAGACAUGAGUCUCUGCAGAAGAAAUGCAGGUGUGUGUGCUGUAAAUGGACUUCUUUACGUUGUCGGGGGCGACGACGGAUCGUCCAAUCUGGCGUCAGUAGAGUGCUACAACCCUCGCACGGACACGUGGACCAUGCUUACCACGUGCAUGGCAACAGGGCGCAGCUACGCGGGAGUGUGUGUUUUAGAUAAACCACUAUGACACCGUGACAACUCGGAGAGUAACUGUACCAACAUAUCACUCAGCAUAUUCUAUUUAAAGUGUUUAUGAAUAGUUUAGUGAGGUAACAGUUGUUGUACUAGGAAAGGUUAGGUACAAUGUAGUGUUUGUGGGAAUCUUUUGAAGGAUUAAAAGAAAGUUCAAAUUCCCAUUCCCGUGGUAAUAAAAUAUACAAAAUUCACUGUUGUUAUUUUUUAUAGCAGUUAUACCAGACUUUUUUGUACUGUGAAUUUAAGUUUUGGUUAAGCUGAAUAUUUAUUAACAAAGGAUUCUAAGAAUUAUUUUCAUGUAACUCAUGACUUGAUGGUUGAAAAUUACAACUGUAGUCUCCAAGUUUAAAAAACAACUUCUUUGCAUGUUAAGAAAAUGGUCGGGUCUUGAAGAGAAACCAUCUGCACUAGACACUACUAUGUAUAUAUAAAAUUGCCUUUGUAAUAUUACUUCUUAAUUUGGCUAUGUUUGAUGAAGACAAUGUAAAAUUCAUCCACGCAGUUUCUUGAAACCUACAAAUCUUCAUACUACAAAUUUACUCCGAAUUAGUCUGACUUAACUGUGUAUUACAGAUGUAUAUGUAUAUAUAUUCAUGUGUCACAAAAGCUGUAUAGAUAUACGUGGAAGGCCUUUAGAAGAGCACACUGUAGUAUGUUAUUUUUUAAAUCUAGUUAGCAUGUAUUGGUGCACUGGAGCUUCAAAGCCAUUCCAAACCUAUGUCAAAUGCAUUUGGCAUUAUGAAGAAUGCACUUACUAAUGCUUCAGUGUCAUUGUAUAGGGAUAAUGAUGAUAUCAUAGAGGCACACUUCUCACAUGGGCAUUCUGUGUUGAUUUUGGUGACACAUAUCAGGAGCACAGCCUACUUUUUACAAUUUAUUCUGGACUAAGUCAACAAAAUGUAAGAACCAGAAAUCUUGCAACAAUAGAAUUGUGCAUGUACUGGUAAAGUAAAUGUAUUCCCUAGGAUACACAUGGAGAGAUACGCGUACAUGACACUAGAAUAGAGAGCACGUCGGCAGAAUGUACUGCACCUGCGUGAAACCCGUAAUGUAUUGUGCAAAGCAUUUUGACAGAA